UUAAUUAAAAUACCCACUGGAAAGACGUCUUUAUGAGAAAAAUCGACGCUUCUUCCAGAUAUCUGACCUGGACUAUUUGUGACAGACUUGCAGGAGAGAAUUCGGGAGUUAUUUUGAAGGUGCAAAGACUUAAGAUAUUUACUGCUAUUAAUUAAAAUACCCCGGGAUCACCAUGGCAGAGACGGCAGCAGCACCAACAUCGAAGGCAAGGAAAACUAAAUCCCAGAAGAAAUCAGCAUCUCAUCCCAAAUACUCGGAAAUGAUCAAAUCGGCUAUCCACGCCGACAAAAGUCGCGGAGGUGCGUCUAGACAGUCUAUUCAGAAGUACAUAAAAAGCCACUACAAGGUAAGCGACAACGCGGACUCCCAGAUCAAACUGUCGCUUAAGAGGCUUGUGGCCACUGGGAUCCUGCGCCACACCAAGGGCAUCGGGGCUUCGGGCUCAUUUAAACUGGCCAAAGCCGAAGAUACGAAGAAGGCAGUCAAGCCCGAACCGGUGGAAAAAGCUAAGAAGAAGGUGGUCAAAGCCGCGAAGCCCAAGAAGGUGGCCAAACCCAAAAAGGUGGCCAAAUCCCCGGCGAAAGCCAAGAAACCUAAAGCAGCGGAGAAGAAAGUGAAGAAGACGCCGGCGAAGAAGAAAGCGGCGCCCAAGCCGAAGAAACCCGUGAAAAAAGCCAAGGUCUCCAAAGCGGCCAAGGCGAGCAAGCCAAAGAAAGUGAGAAGCGCAAAACCAAAAGCCAAGACCACCGCCAGAAAAGUCACGAAAAAGAAGUAAAGGGACAUUCACAAACAAAUGACUCUAUAAACUACAGAAACACAAUGACUGUAAAUACUUUGGAAGACAACCUUUUCUUAAAUGUUAUUUUUGUAUCGUUUCACGCGGAAUUAUCCAACCUUUCCUAACUCAUCUCUACACAUGUUGCUCAAUAGACAUAUUUUGAUCCUGUCACUAAGGAUCUCGAAUGCAAGCAACGUAUUUUUUUUCUGUGACUAUAUAUGAUCAUUAUUUAUUCUUGACCGACUUUCUAAUAAUUUUGAACGACUUGGAAGCAAGUACCUUUUGUGACACGAACUGUAGGCUAUAUUUAUGGUUGGAACGUAGCAUUUUCUAUGCAUGAGGUUUCAUAUUUAAACUUACAUGAUCUGUAUGACACAGCUUUGAUCAGCCCUGUACUGUAGCUUAAUAUCCCAUACAGGCAUUUGACGGCGAUAGGUUUUGCAGUUAUUGAUACAGUUCCAUUCGAAUAUCCUGAAUAACCUAUGCUGUAAAUUUUUGACUCCAAUACUUUUUCCAUUAAAUUACAUAAUUUGUAUUUAAUAGCUUACGAACCCAUCUUUUGAAACGUUUAUAUUAUAAUAAAUUGUUUUAAUCUUA